UAAUUACUAUCAUCCUAAUUUUAAUCAUCUUGAUUUCCCCUAUUAUUCAACUCUUCUUCCAAUACCACCACCACCACCUUCAGUUGCACUUGCUCAAAAUUACCAAAACUACCCUUAUCAUCGCCAACCUUUGAUCAAUCAACCUAACCCAAUAAACCCCAUGCAACUCCCACCACCUUCGCAAUUGGGCCAGCUACCUACAGCUCCUCCCUUGGCCCAUUUCAGGUCAGGCCCAUCUCCGGCAUGGCCCAAAAGCCCAGCUAUCAAUGGUAGUGGUUGUGUACGUGGAAGUGGAAGAUCAAGAAGUAGAAGAAGGGAUGUUAUUAAUAUAAAUGAGAGGAAACAAGGGUUUGAUUUUGAUACAAGUACUAGUAAUAAUUUUGGAGGAGAGAGAAAAAAAGAGGAAAGGGUGGUGAUGGCGGUGAAGCCUAAUGGAACUGAGACUACUGCUAUGAUCAGGAACAUUCCUAAUCAAUAUACGCGUGAAAUGUUGAUCAAGUUUUUGGAUGAUUUUUGCCGCAUUGAGAACCAAAGAUUGCGCCCUACUGAUAAUCGUCAACCUCUUGCAUUUGAUUUCCUCUACUUGCCUAUUGAUUUCGUGUAACGAUUAAUUUUUUUUUUUUUUUAUCGACUAUAUUUCAUUUGAUUUCUUUGAGUAGAUUUGAACAAAGUCUUCAUUUUUCGGGUUUUAAUUUUUUGAUUUGAUGCAUGUUGAUGAUUUAUAUAAUUUUAUUGGUUUAUUAAUAGGAGAGGAGCUAACAAAGGGUAUGCCUUCGUCAAUUUCACCCAUGCAAUCGCGGUGUGGAAGCUUCACCUUGCUUGUAGUAAUCAACCCUGGAGUCAUUGCAACUCUCCUAAGAUUUGUAAAAUCAAUUAUGCCUCCAUUCAGGUAUAUUAUAUUAUAAUUAAAAUGCUAUAAUAUCUUAAUAAAAAGGUCUCCUAAUGUCAAUUAGAUACGUUAUACAUGUCAUACAUACAUGGUUACAUGAUCAGUGCAAUAAUCCAUUUCUCACAAGUUGCAACCCUUACAAUAUAGUGAAAUUUUAUGGCAAUUGCUAGAAAAAAAAAAUGAAUUUUAAAUUUUUACGAGUAUAAAUUUUCUAACUUUAAAUCAUGUAUAGCAAUAAUAGUACCAUAGUGACUAUGGUUAAGGAUUUUAUUAUACUUUGUUAUAUGCCUACCCUAACUCGAAUCCUUAAAAAUGAGUUUAUACUAUUGGUGUAUGUUGUACUAUGUGAUAUGUCUUGUUUCC